AGAACCAGAAAUCAACACCACCCUGAUUCUGAUUGGCACUUGGAUUUGCAUCCAGAAGUCCAGAGAUAAGUUAACAUUGGAUUUGGGAGCACUGAGAAGACUUCACGGUAUAGAGCCGUGCUUACCCAUGGCAGAGUAUGUCUAGUGGAAUGAGAAAAGGGUCCAUUCUGAACAAUGAGGAAUCACUGGCAUAUAAAGUAGGGUAGGAAGCCCUACCUGAUGGCUCCUGCCCAAGCAGACCUUUCUGUUAGAAGAGCUUCUAGAUGGAGGAGUCAGGAGCUUCUGGGACAGACAGUCAUGCCUGAUUCUAUUCCAGCCAGAGCUAAGCCAUCCCUGAAAAUACCCCAUUCCUCUCUGUCCUAGGCUCCUCCAUAGAAGGUCAGAGUACGAAGCCUGACCAAUACUGGGUGGGAAUUCAACAUGUGUCAAAACAACUUAUGUUGUCAGAGCUGCUCACACCUCCUGAGGUCAUGGAAUGUGGAACCAACCACAGACCCCCUGAAGUGGGGAUGCAGGGUUCACAUUCAGGUGAGAGUGGACGUGCGGGGUACAAGGGACUUCCACACCAGGAGGUUCGGUCUCCUCCCGGAUGUGGUAUCCCAGUGCCUUCCUGCAGAUGAAAGGGACAGAGACCUCUCGCAGAUAUGAAGGGGUGGUCCCCUCAAGUAGAGGGAUACAGAGCCUUUGGCCUUUCUCAGCUUUUGGGUGUGCAGAUCUUCCUGGUGAGGCUCCCGAGCAUCAUUCGGCGCCCAGCAUCCCGCUAGCCCGGAUCCUCCCGCGGGCGCGCACCGGGCUUAACUCAGGCUCAGACAUCUCCACUGCCCAGGGAUCACUGAGUGUGUGGAAGGCCGGCUGUCCCGGCGCUCUGCUUCGGCAUGGGUCCUGCCAUUGAGGCAGCUUCUCAGCCUGUGCUCGUCUGAGGGUGCGCCCGUCAUGGGGGCAGCCCUCUCCCAGGGGGCCCUCAUCGCCAUCAUCUGCAACGGCCUCGUCGGGUUCUUGCUGCUGCUCCUCUGGGUCAUCCUCUGCUGGGCCUGCCACUCGCGCUCUGCCAACAUCGACUCCCUCUCCGAAUCCAGUCCCAACUCCAGCCCUGGCCCCUGUCCUGAGAAGGCACCCCCGCCCCAGAAGUCCAGCCAUGAAGGCAGCUACCUGCUGCAGCCCUGACGGCCCUUGGCCUAGCCCGGAGUCUGGGACUUAAGUCCACCUCACCUGGCACCUGGAAUCGGGAUCCCAGGGUCCAGCCGGCCUGGGGUCCAGAACUCAGAGUCCAGCCUGUGUGGAACUGGACCUAGCCGCCCAGUGUCUGGUUGGCCUGGCUCCAAGAGGGGCCCUGCUGGCCCUAGGUAGACAGGCCUGGGGCAGGGGUUCAUGAGUUGGUGCUAGGGCCAGGGCCAUCUGGACUCUCCUCCAUCCCAGCGGUCGGGGGUGGGGUCCACCCUCCCCCUAGGCCAAGCGCCUCUCGGCCCUCAAGGUUGGGGAAGCAAACUAGAAUCCAUGGCAAUAAUGGGAGGGUGUCCAGGCUGGGCCCCUCCUCUGGUCCUCCUACUGUUUGCUGGAUAAUAAAUGGAUCUAAGGCUCUA